CUCUUAAUCUCGUUAGCUCGAGACUGGCAAGCGUGACAUCAUUCAGAGUGACUGAGGAAAAGUGAAAAUAAUUAUUUAUUAAUUUUGCAAAUCAUGUCGAUUGGUUCGUGAUAUUUAUUAUCCAUGGUGUUAUUCAAUCAACACGAAGGAGUAUCCGACAGCCUUAAGAGGUUUGUGAUAUCGUCGAGGCCUUAGAAUGUCUCGCCAUGAAGGGGUUAGCUGUGAUUCUUGUUUGAAGGGAAACUUUACAGGCCGGCGUUACAAGUGUUUGAUUUGCUACGACUACGAUCUUUGUGCUGCGUGCUAUGAGUCGGGAGCCACCACAACCAGGCAUACGACUGAUCACCCAAUGCAGUGCAUCCUCACUAGAGCUGAUUUUGAUUUAUACUAUGGAGGUGAAGCCCUGAGUGCAGAGGCUCCUCAGUCCUUUACCUGUCCUUACUGUGGUAAGAUGGGGUUCACAGAGUCCUCCCUCCAAGAACAUGUUACCACAGAACAUGCAGAUGUCUCCACAGAAGUGGUUUGUCCUGUGUGUGCAGCGCUACCUGGAGGUGACCCAAACCAUGUCACUGAUGACUUUGCUGCUCACCUCACUCUGGAGCACAGAGCUCCUAGAGAAUUUGAUGAGCCCACGGGCAUACGGCAUGUGCGUAGAAUAGCCCACCCUGGGAGGGGCGUGGGCAGCACCAGGGCAAGGAGAACUAAUAUGCAUUUUGGAUCAUCAUCUGGCUCCUUGACUGGGAUGACCCCUAGUGGCAGAGAGGCCAUGGAUCCAAUAGCAGAGUUACUGUCACAGCUGUCCGGGGCUCGUAGGACAGUGAUUACUGGGGUGCCGCAGCAGUUGCACGAGUUACAGAGGCAGUUGCAAUAUGAAAGGCAGCAGGCUUUGGCAAUGCGACAACAAUUAGAAAGACUUCCUAACCGACGGCCCGCGGACUCCCUGGCGUCCAGGACCCAGUCAGGGGCGCUGAAUGCUAACAUAGACCUUCCCAGUGCCAGCAGCGCCACAAGUGCAAAUGCAAAUUCCCAGUUUCUUUUAGCUAGAUGCCAGGAGGCCCCCCUAUCUGAGCUGGAGCAGCAGACAGCCGAGAGUGAGCGCGCUGACCGCAGCUUAUUUGUCCAGGAACUGCUAUUAUCCACUCUGACUGACCAGCUUCAUCUUAAAGAUGAGCAAGCUUCAUGUGAUGGCCAGGCUCAUGCCUUAAACAUCAGCAUAGCUGAUGGAGAGGACAAGCACCUGCUCUCAAAGCAGAACUCUCACAAGAACUUGAAACACUCUGAUAACAAUAAGAAGGAGCGUGAACCACCCCCACAUUCUUAGUGAUGUGUGGGAUGAGGAAUUUGAGCUGCACCCACAGUAUCCUAGAUAUAAUGAAUUCUAGGUGCACCAAGUCCUGGUGAUGUUCAUGUUGAUCACAUCCACAGCUGGGGAAGGAGUAGACAUGUGAACAGCACCUGUGCCAUGUUAUGUUGACCAGAGACCAGGGGACACCAGAAAAGUGGUGAAAUAGCCUGCUGUCCUGGCAGUGUUGACCAGAGACCAGAGGUACAACUAUGGCCUCCUCUCUCCUGGUAGUGCCAUGCAGCAUUGUGGACAGGAACAUUGUUGUGAUCACAGUCAGUUUUAUGUUGCUAAGACGGAGAUAUUUUAAGUUAAUUAUUUAUUCAUCUGGACCCAGUUCUACACCCAACUGAUUUCCUGCUGAGAUCAACUCCUUUCUGUUAUUUAACUCAGACUGGGAGAAUUGAGCUACAGGUUCUAAGAAGAUUGUUUUCUAACAUCCAUGGCACUAAUAUCACGUCACUUGAAUAGAACAUGCUUUUUAUAUUGGCAUUUUAAUAUAAUUGUAAUGUUGUUUGUGGUAAUCAACUUGGAAUGAUUGUAUCUCCAAAUUUAUUAGUACUAUAUCUGAAUGCUGUGGUGGAACAGCUUUAACUCUUGAUAUUUUUCAAGACCGACAUAAAUAUCUUUGAUCCUAAUUGAAUGCAUCAGUUUAUUGGUGGUCACUGCCUAGAUGACCACUCUACUAUGUGACCAGAGUUCUGCUCCCUUACGAAAAAGGCCUAUAAGAUCCUAUACAAUUCUAUAGGAAAUUGGGCCAAUUUCCUAUAGGCUCCUAUAGGACUUUUUCGUUAGGACCCUCAGACCACUCUAUUACCUCUCUGCUUUAAUAAAUGAAAAGAAAAGCUUGAAGGUUCUAAAACUCAUGUUUUCACCAGAUUGCAUAUUCCAAAUAUUUAUUUAGACUAUAAAUGAUACCAGAGUGCAGAACUUGUCUUUUAAGCUCUCAUUUCAAGUUAUAUUAACACAUGCAAUCCUAUUGGUAUCUUGUGCUUUCACGUGUCCUUCCAAGAUGGGAGAAUUUUCUUAAUUAGAUGGAAUUUCAAGUUAUAUAUCAAAGCAUGCCUUGUGAAUAUUUGGUUGUUUUGAACCAGUAUGUGCGCAAGUGUCAAGUGGAUGUUGAGAACUAAAUUGUUUGCUCACUGAGGUGCAAAGAGUAUCUUGCCAUGUGUCGCCCUCUAGUGUGAACAGUGACCUAAUGCUAUAGUGCCAGGUUUCUUUAAUAAUCCCAUGUAUAACUGAUCAUUUCAUUACCAAACUGAUGGACUUUAUGUACCAAAGAUGUUCCAUAUUGGUUGUAAAAUGUUGAUUAUAAAAAACUGAUUGUGAUAAAAGUGGAUUCUUUGUAUCUACCAUGUCUGCUGGUUAUAACUGUAUCAGUGGUCUGCUGGACAAAUUCUAAGAAUGACAUGCAUUGUUAACACAACCUUUUGGAAAAUUAAAUUCUUUUAAGAAAGAAAUAGACUCAA